AAAACUUGUUAAUCUAGAUUGUAAGUUUGUUUCAGGCUGGAAAAAGGUAGUUUUGGAGAGACACCAUAAAAUGUCUGCUAUACAACGUGGGAGAAAUGCCAUUCGGCAGAUUGUCCAAGGUGCUUCUGUCAGGAGUUCUGAUGGCGCAGUGCAUCCACUCUUCCAUGCCUGUCAAGGAGUCAGAUACAGGAAGUUGGAAGUUAUACUCACCACGAGCAUAGAGAAGCUUGGAAAAGCAGGUGAAACUGUGAAGGUUGCUCCAGGCUAUUUCCGAAACCAUCUCAUGCCCAAGUUGUUGGCUGUCCCGAACAUUGAGAAGUUUGCUUAUCUCAUUAGGGAGCAGCGCAAGAUUUACCAGCCUCAGGAAGUAGAGGAGGUCAAAGUAGUCACUGAGACUGCGGAAGAUAGGAUGAAGGAAUAUGAGGCAGCUGCAAAACGUCUAGACAAUGCACGGCUGGUACUGAGGAGGUUCAUUAAUGUCGAGAAAUUACGCACACGUGCUACAAAAGAUGAGCCAAUAGAAUUGAGGUCACCUGUAAUGAAAGAAGAGCUUGUCUCCGAGGUGGCGAGGCAACUUUGCGUGCAAAUUGACCCCGAAAACGUCCAUUUGCCGAGUCCACUAACAAAUGUGGGAGAGUACGAGGUGCCCCUACGUCUGCCGAAAUCCAUCCCUCUCCCAGAGGGGAAUAUCCAGUGGACCCUUAAUGUCAAAGUACGAUGCAAAUGAAGCCGGCACUUUCGAUUUAAUGACAUCCUCGGGCAUUUUCUCUUGUGCCCCAAAAUUUGUAUUGUGAGCAAGCACUACGAGGAAACAAGUUAUUCUGUAUCAUUUGUUUAUUUGCUGCUGGCUGCACAUGAAUUUCUCUGGGAUCGUCAAUUGGUUAUUGCUCUCUCUGUAUUCUGGUUUA